AUGCCAUCAACCAAAUCACUUGUGAAUCCAACUUAUACACCAAUGUCUUUACCUCCCGGUGGAUUCAAGACGUUCCAAUCAUUUUAUCCAUUUUAUUUAGGUGAACAUUCAUUACCCACUACCAGACGAUUGCACCUAAUUGGAACUUCCAUCGCUGUGACAUCAUUUACGCGAGUCACUUUAUCGCUCAUACCCAUAGUUUUAACUGGAUUGGCAAGAUCAGUACCUGCUCCAUCAAAGAACAAUGGUAUCAACCCUUUACAACCCAGUCACACGGGAACAGGUCCAGGUCCAUUCAACAAUUUGAAAUUGAGUUAUCAAUUAGCAUAUUACGCUAUGAAAUUCAGGUUCUUGGAUCUCACUAGAAGUGAAGCGAUCACUUGGUUAGCAGGCGGGGUGGUGGGUGCAUAUGCUUUCGCUUGGAUAAGCCAUUUCUUCGUCGAAAAAAAUAAACCCGCUACGUUCAAAUACCCAGUCUGGAGUCUAAGAGGCGAUCUCAAAAUGUGGUGGGAAGUAAUCACCCUUCAAAGGGAUUUCUAG